AUGGUGGCCACGCUGGUGGUGGCCCUGCUUCUCCUCUGCUUGGCUGCAGGGACAGAGGCCAGCCCGGAGCUCAGCGGGUACCUGCGCAAGGUGCUGCGGAACCACACGGUGCACACGUGUGAUGGGGAGCAGCUCCUCAUCCUGUGCCCUCGCAAGACCACCAUCAGCAUCCUGGGUGCCUUCUAUGGGCGCCGCGUGCCCAGCCCCAACCUGUGCCCCAGCCCUGGCAACGUGUCGCAGGAGAGCACCGAGUGCAUGUCACCCACUGCCCACCUGAAGCUUCUGGCUGAGUGUCAGGACCAGCAGUGGUGCCAGUUCUCAGUGCACAGCCAAGUGUUCGGGCCGGACCCGUGCCCCGGCACACACAAGUACCUCAUCGCGUCCUACAAGUGCCGGCCAGAUAACCAUCGGGUGAAGACGGUGUGUGAGAACGACGAGCUGAGGCUGCACUGCCGGCCCAAAUCCGUCCUGGCCAUUUACUCUGCGCACUACGGACGAUUCCUGCGGGGCAAACCUGAGUGCGAUGCCCCCAAUGCCGGGGGACCCCAUAUUGAGUGCCUGGCUCCGGAUGCACUGCGGAGGGUCUCCAAGAAGUGCCACCGCAAAGGGAACUGCACAGUGACCGCUGACCAGGCCACCUUUGGGGACCCGUGCCUGCCUGGCAUGAGGAAGCAGCUGCGGGUGUCCUACACCUGUGUGCCCAAGCAGCUGCUGGAGGAGGUGGGCCCAGACACCUCAGACCCCUUCCUGCUCUCAAACUACAUGCACGGUGGCUGGUACAAAGGGCCCAGAUUCUUCAGGCUCCGGGAAGACCGGAUGAUUUUUACUAGCUCCCUGGCAGCUUUUGCCCACCUCUGGGGUACGUGGCCCCAAAGUGCUGGGUUGGUGGGGAGUCUCCAGGCCCGGGUACCCUGUGUGUUGCAGCGGGGUGUGCACCCCGAUGCCUCUCUUUGCUCUUCUUCCCUACCAGAUGUCCCUGAAAAAGUCGCCCUCUACUUUCUCUGUGGGGUGUCGGCGGGCCUCGUUCUGCUGCUGUGCAUCAUCAGCCCCAAGGCUGCCUUCCUGAAGGAGGUCAGGGAGGCUCUGCUGGGCCCAGGUGGCCGCUCAGAGGCAAGCAGGACCAAACUGAGGGAUGAGCAGGAUGAAGACCUGCCUGAUGACAGCUCCUCUGACUCCUCCUUUCGCCGCCUCACCCGUGCCUAUCGUGCCACUGAGAGCAUCUUUGGCCCAGAGCUGACAGCGGCCAUGGAGGGAGUGGCUGAGCAGCAAGGCCAUGGUGGGGAGGAGAUCUGGAUGCCCAAAGAAUCCAGUCCCUAUACCAUCCAGAAGAUCAAAUCAGCCACCAAGUGAGGAGGUGAAGGACGAGGUGCUGUGCCGGGCACAGUGUUGGCUCUGCGCCUCCCUCUGUGCUUGGCAUGCUGGAUAGUGAGCCCUGCUUUCUGGAGAAUGGGUUUGGUUUUUUUUAGCAAAUAAAAGCAGAAGCUCAGAGUUCAGGAAA